AUGUAUAUUGUUCAGGAUUUGGCUGAGUUUGUAUUACAUUUGGGUGAGGAGUCGAAGACGCUGGAGGAGUUUCGCGCAAAGCUGAAGGCGAACGGCUCCGCCGUCACUCAGGCGCUGGCGGUGAGUCUAUACACCUCAAUCUCCAAGUUUGUUGCCCGCAAAACGCAUGCAGCAGCAGCACAUAAGUCACCUGCUGCUGCUGCUGCUGCAGCAGCAGCAGCAACUGGAAACAGCAGCAGCAGCAGCAGUGGAGCAGGAGGCAGCAGCAACAGCACAUCGCCGCCAUCCGUGAAAAACGCCACAGACGCCGGGGCUUCUCCCUCUCCCAACAGCAGCAGCAGCAGCAGCAGCAGCAGCAGCAGCGGAGUGAAGCCUCUUCCCCCUUCUGCUUUUUCUUUAUCUCACCAUCCCCCAACUGAAAAAGAAUUGAAGUUUCCGGGGCUGUGCAUGCAGAAUAGGUUCGAUAGGCCUGAGCUGCAGCUGGAGAGGCCAGACGAGCAUGCACCGCUGUCUAUGCAUGCGCAGCGGCUGCUGCAGCAAGAGAAAGACGAAAAAGAAUUAAUAAAAGAGCAGCAAGAAGCUUUCAAUAGAGCAAAGAAUGGAGGAUACUGGGGGAACAAAGACAGCAGCAGCAACAGCAGCAGCAGCAGCAGCAGCAGCAGAGGGGGUGGUAGUUUCGCUGCAACAGGCGCUAACGCUCUCCCUGUUGGCGGUGCAGCAGCAGCAGCAGGAACAGCAGCAGCAGCAGCAGCAGCAGGAGCAGAUGAUAGUUUAAAUUUCUGCGGGCAAAGGGGGGCCCCCCUCGAACGCUACGGUAUAUAUGACGGCGUUGUCUCUAGGGUGAUGGAGUAUGGGGCCUUCGUGCAGCUGGAGCUGCAGGGGGGGAGGAGAGAAGGGCUGCUGCAUGUCGCCGAUAUGUGUAGACCUGAUGGAGGACCCUGUGUUACCACGGAUGCGGUGAAGAAGGGGCAGGUGGUGAAGGUGAAGGUGCAUGCAAUCGCCGGCAGUCGGCUGUCUCUGACGAUGAGAGAGGUCGACCAGGUCACUGGCAGAGACCUCAAACCCAGAAACGUACACGGCGCACCAGCGGCGGGGUCUCGUGCUGCUCUGUUUGAGUCUCUGGCUGAGGAGCAUGCACAGGCCCUGGAGAAGAAGGGGCUGGGCCGCAUAACUGGGGUUAAGAUAAACAUAGAGUCAACAGAAGAGGAGACAGCAUACGCGAGAAAAAGAAAGUUGAUGUCUGACUACGACAAAUGGGAGGCCCAGCAGCUGCAGCGCAGUGGUUUAGUAGGCAGCAAAGAAAACCCUUAUUACGAUGAAGAGGCUGGGGGUUUGUUGCCUUCACAAGAAGCAGAAGAAGAUAUAGAAAUCGAAGUUGUUGAUGAAGAACCUCUCUUUCUUAGGGGACAAACCACCAGAGCUGGUAUGCAGCUGUCUCCUGUGAAGAUCGUCGCCAACCCCGACGGGUCUCUGGCUCGUGCUGCAGCAACAGCUCAGUCUCUGGCGAAGGAGAGGAGAGACGUGCGGCAGGCGCAGGAAGCAGCAAUUCUGGAUUCUAUCCCCAAGGAUAUGUCGAGGCCCUGGGAGGACCCCAACCCCCAGCCGGGAGAAAGAACCAUCGCUCAGGCCCUUCAGGGCAUAGGGCAAACAGGUAAAACCACCCAAAUGACGCAGUAUAUGGCUGAGGCGGGGCUCGUUACCCCAGGCAGACUCAUCGGCUGUACACAGCCGAGAAGAGUUGCGGCGAUGAGCGUCGCCAAGAGAGUAGCAGAAGAAUUCGGUUGCCGUCUAGGGCAAGAGGUGGGGUAUUCUAUUCGUUUCGAGGACUGCACCUCUCCGGAUACAAUAAUAAAAUAUAUGACGGAUGGUUUGCUGCUGCGCGAGGCCCUUGUAGACCCCCGGCUGCAGCGGUAUUCUGUUGUUAUGUUGGAUGAGGCCCACGAGAGAACCAUCAGCACUGAUGUUCUCUUUGGGCUGCUCAAGGUAUAUACUUUGUGA